GCGGUGAAAGCCUAAAGUGCCUGCUGAAACCCACGUCGAUGUACGUGUAGGGGCACCACUCAUACAUCCUACGUAAUCGGGAUGAUUAGCUUAGGUGCGCAAUCACGUGAUGGACCCCGAUUUGCUCAUACACCGGAGAGGGACCUUGCUGGAAUUUUUAGCUCUAGCGCGUCUGAACGCGACUGUGGCUAGUCUCUGCCUCUAUACACCAGGAACGCCGUUUUAUCAAGAGGUGGUUCCUCCCGUUGCCGCACCCCAACCCCUCAACCUCACCUGCAACAAAUCCAUCCUCUUCACAUUCUGCCAUCCUUAUCAUUAGACAUGGCAGCUUUUGAGAACUUCGACAACAUCUUCCUGGACUUGUCUAGGGAGCCCGGAAAGUGCCGAUUCGCUGAGAACGGAUUGGGCUGGAAGCCCUCUACCGGCGGCAACACCUUUACUCUCGAUCGAGGCGACAUUGCCAGCGCCCAGUGGAGCCGCGCUGCGAAGGGCUACGAGGUUAAAAUUCUUAAGCGGUCCUCAGAGCUUGUACAUCUAGAUGGCUUUCAGCAAGAGGAUGCGGAACGCUUGACCAAGAUAUUCAAGAAUUGGUACAGCAUCAAUCUCGAUCCCAAGGAACACGCCCUGCGAGGCUGGAACUGGGGUAAGACGGAAUUCAGCAAGGCCGAGAUCGUCUUUAACGUCCAGAAUAAACCUUCCUUCGAGAUACCCUACUCCGAGAUCUCCAACACCAACCUAGCCGGUCGCAACGAGGUCGCAGUCGAGUUCGCAGCAUCGAAUGAGAACGACACCGGUACCAAUGGACACCUCGGCGGAGCGCGAGGUCGUGGCAAAAAGUCGGGCGCUGGCAAGGAUCAGCUCGUCGAGAUGCGCUUCUACAUCCCGGGCACUACUACUCGCAAGGAGACGGAGGGCGAGGAUGCGGGAAGCGGCGGAGAAGAAGAGAAGAACGCUGCUACCCUCUUCUACGAGACUCUCAUGGACAAGGCCGAGAUCGGCGAAACCGCCGGCGAUGCAAUCGCUACUUUCUUGGAAGUCCUCCACCUUACGCCUCGCGGCCGGUUUGAUAUCGACAUGUAUGAAGCGUCGUUCCGCCUCCGCGGCAAGACGUAUGAUUACAAGAUCCAGUACGAGGCCAUCAAGAAGUUCAUGGUCUUGCCGAAGCCGGACGACUUGCAUUUCAUGCUAUGUAUCGGUUUAGAUCCACCGUUACGUCAAGGACAGACGCGCUACCCGUUCAUAGUCAUGCAGGCUAAGAAGGAUGAGGAGGUUACUAUCGAUCUCAACCUCACCGAAGAGCAGUUGAAUGAGCAGUACAAGGACAGACUCCAACCGCAUUACGAACAACCUCUGCACCAGGUCAUUACGUACAUUUUCAAGGGCCUAGCUAACAAGAAGAUCACCUCUCCGGCGAAAGACUUCCUGACGCACCGGAACCAGUUCGGCAUCAAGUGCUCGAUCAAAGCGGCAGAAGGAUUCCUCUACUGCCUCGAGAAAGCUUUCAUGUUCGUGCCGAAGCCUGCCACGUACGUGUCAUACGACCAGACGUCCUCCAUUACCUUUUCCCGUGUUAGCGGUGCGGUGUCUGCCCUGUCAACCUUUGAUAUCGCAGUCCAUAUGAAGAGCGGCGGUCCCUCUCAUCAGUUCAGCAACAUCAACAGGGAGGAUCUGAAAGCCCUCGAGGGGUUUUUCAAACUCAAGGGUCUGCGCGUCAAGAAUGAGAUUGACGAAGAUGCCAACCUCCUUGCUGCCGCCCUCCGCGAGGAGGUGAUGGACGAAUCCGAGGAGGAGGUGGUCGGCCCUAGAGCAGACCGCGGCUCGGCCGACGAGGACGAAGAGAGCGUGGACGAGGACUUCCAGGCCGAAAGCGAAAGCGACGUUGCCGAGGAAUACGAUUCGGCCCACGAGUCGUCGGGUACCGGCAGUGCGGAGAGUGACGUCGACGGUGGGAUGGGUGGCGAAGAUGAUGACAUGGCGGACGAGGACGACGAGGACCAAAAGCCCAAGCCCAAGAAGCAGAAGACCGGCAAAUAAGGCUCGCCUAUCCGUCUCUCCUGUCUAAAGCAUUAUGGCAUAUGCCCGGCCUCUCGCGGAAUGAUUUCAACGGCUAGCAGUAGGGAUGGCAGUAUCGGCGUUAGGAUUAUUUGAUUGCUUUGCUGGGCUACACGGAAGUUUUGCACCGUUAUUCGGCUACGAGACUUGCAGAUCUGGAACUCCGCAGCCUAACCCGCUGCUUGUUAUCGGCGCGUUGCCAGUAC